AUGGGGCAACAGAAGGCCAUUUGGGCAGCUCGCGAAGGUGACCUUGCAGUCCUGAAAGAGCUGGCUGCUACCAAGUGCUUUGACGGCCACAUCACGGACCCCCAGGGGGCUACACCUGUUCACCACGCUGCACGUGCCGGACAUUUGGACUGCUUACGCUUUCUAGUGGACACUGCCUCUCUCCCUGGCAAUGCAAGGGCCAGGAACGGAGCCACACCAGCACACGAUGCUGCUGCCACAGGCCACCUGUUUGUUCUCCAGUGGCUGGUGGAACAUGGAGCCUGCAGCACCCAGGACCGGGACAACGCGGGAGCCACUGCACUUCACUUAGCUGCCCGCUUUGGGUGUGUGGAAGUAACACAGUGGCUUCUGUCUGUGGGAGCCCAGGCGGCAGCGGAGACCGACUGCGGGGUGCUGCCGGCACACUUCGCUGCCUCCAAAGGGGACCUCACCUGCCUGAAGCUGUUGGUUCGGGAAGCCUAUGGGUGUGUGAAUCGACAGACAAAGAUUGGUGCCACCCCUUUGUACUUGGCAUGUCAGGAAGGCCACCUUCACAUAGUGGAGUUUCUGGUGAAGGACUGUGGAGCUGAUGUUCAUCUGAGAGCCAACGAUGGUAUGACCUGUCUACAUGCUGCUGCACAUAUGGGCCAUCAUGCACUGGUGGUUUGGCUGGCUUCCUUCACAGAUAUCAGUCUGUCCUGCCAGGACAGAGAAGGGGCAACGCCACUGCAUUUUGCUGCCAGUGGGGGGCAUCAUCGCAUCCUUGAACGGCUCCUGCGCAUGGGGGCCAAGGUCAUUAAGGACUACUGGGGUGGGACCCCACUUCACGAUGCAGCAGAAAACGGGGAGCUGGAGUGCUGCCGGGUCCUGUUAGUCCAUGAAGUCAGCCCUUUGGAGCAGGACAAGGAUGGGUUUACAGCGGCAGACCUGGCUCAAUACAACGGCCACUACGAGUGUGCCAGCUUCCUGCUAGCGGUAGAGAAAUGUCCCUCGGCUGUGGACAGAUCCCUUUCUGAGGUUUACAUUAGUGAAGAGCAAAGCAGUGGGAAACCGUCAGGAUCCAGGCAGCCUAGCACUGAACCUUGUGGAAACUCCUGUGGAAGUCCAAAAAUGGUGAUCUUCAGUGUUUCUGUCCACAAGGCAGCACAAAUGGGGGACCUCUCUGUGAUCAAGACAGAGGAAGAGAAAAAAUUUAACCCUGAUAUGAGAACCUUUAAGUCUUUGAAACAAGCAGGAAUAACAGCAGUCUUCACAGGACAAAAUAAACCAGACAAGAUGGUACUUCUACCCACAGAGGAGGCAAAUUUAUGUGACAUUGACUAUUUGGUGCCUACCACUGAUGAGAAGGGCCGACCCAUCGCCGAGUGGAAGAGACAGGUGAUGGUUCGUCAGCUGCAGGCUCGACUGCAGGAUGAGGAGAACCAGAGGAGGAAGGAAAAUGGGAACAAAUAUACUAAAAUGGAUAGCUGGAGGUACUCCCAAGCCCGAAAUGCCAUCCUUGGCCCUUUUGGGGAGAUGCUGACUGAGGAUGAUCUCAUCUACUUGGAGAAACAAAUUGAAAAUGUUGCCAUGCAAAAAAACUGUGAAGGAUAUGAAGAGGAAUUAGCCCGUCUUGCCAAAGAGCUCAGAACUAUCCUGCCUGCACCCAUUGUUAACCUCACAGUCAACACACAGUUCAGAAAGCCCAGUUCAGAUGCCAAUACCCCUCUGCCUUUGUGGUGCAACCGCAUAUCUGGCAUUGUGAAGAGCAUGUCUCUGCUCAUGACUAACCUUACUGACCAGUCGUGCUGUAAAAUGCAAAACACCGAACUUGUGUCAGUUUUCACCCAGAUGCCAGAAAGACAGAGCUCAUCCAGAGGAAGAAGGGAAGUGAUUGAAAGAGAGAUUCAUGAAUUUGGUGUUUCAGUGAGGAAUCUAAAGGCAAACUUUGAGAGUCAGAAUCCCACCUCAGUGAAAGAGAGUGAUGAAGCAUUACUGAAGCCAUGUAUGCAGGAAGGUAAUGUUAAAUGGACUGAGCAAACUUCUGAAGAGUUGAAUGAAGAUGCUGAAGUACACCAAACCAGUGAUUCAGAUCCAGGCUGUGACGAACAAAUGCAUGAAGUCAUGGAAACAACCAGCCUAAGAAAAGAGCGAAUCGUGGUCUUGUUUCUGGGCCACUGGAAGAAGUCAGCCUACAGUGUCACAAAAGGUAAAGAUGCUGGCAGGAAACAGAGUUUAGAUGGACUAGAAACAACUGACAUGACUGACCAUACAGCAAGAGGAAAUGCAUUCCAGGAAUUUCAAUCAAAGAAGAAAAUGGAACAUGGAUCAUUGAGCCACUUCUUUAAGCAAAGAAGCACCAUAAACAAAAUGAUCUCUAACUGGAGGAACAUGAACUCUAGUGUUCCAUCCAGGCAAAUUCGUCGUCUUCAUCGUCAGCAGGUCACGUAUUCUCCUGAGCAGUUUCUGCCUCGUGUACAUGGGGCUACUGUUGAUUACGAUAGCUUGUCUCUGGAUCUUUUUAUGUUGGGAUACUUCCACAUCCUUGAACUUGACCUGCCAGCAGAUGAAAGGAAGAUGAGACAUCUGCUCUGCUUCGAAGUAUUUGACCACCUCGGCAGGUUCCCUUGGGAGACAGUCAGAAGCUUUCACAAGGCUGUCCUACAGGACAUUGAAUCCGGAAAUCGAGAAUGGAAGGAUGGCUUUGAGGACAUCAAAAUCAAGUUCUUUGGAAAUGCUGAAACCAUGUCUGAGUCUCCUUCAACCACCCAAGAAACUUCGUUACCAGAGGUCAAACCGGUGCCGAAAGUAAUUGUUCAGACACCUACCCCUGAUGAGGACACUGCCUUACAAAGCGGUACAGAAAUUUCUAGUUUCAGCAAUGAGGAAAUCUGCAAAUAUAUAGACCGUAGCUUUGCUUUUUGGAAAGAGAAAGAAGCUGAAAUUUUUGAUUUUGAGUAG